GACGUCAUAUCCUGUUAUGGCGUGGGGGAAGAUUUCAAGAAAUUAGAAUGUAUUUGUUUAAAAAUGGUCAAAUUUGCAUUGAAUCUAUUGCUAAUAUUUAGUUAUGGUCGUUGAUAAGAUAGAAUCUGAACUGGAUGACAGGAGGUAGACAUGAUUAAACUGUCUUAAUUUUAGAUAAUGGAUAGAAGCUGGACUGGAUGACAGGAAGUAGACAUGGUUAAACUGUCUUAACAUUAGAUAACUUCUUCUUGAAAUUGAGAUAAAUAACGAUUGGAUUUUUUUUUUUUUUUAAAUAUUGAUGUGUGUUAUAUAAAAUGGAUGAUCCUAAUUUACAGCACGGAGCUCAGCAGAUAGAGACAACAUACAUCAACACUCAACCAAAUACCGUUCUACCAUAUCAUAUACGAAACUGUGUCUAUCUUACAGAAACUCUUUAUCAGAUGAAGUUACAGAAGUCUUACUGUGAUCUUAUUUUUGAAAUACACAAUCAGCGAAUCAACGCCCAUCGUGCCGUCGUUGCUGCAUGGAGCCCAUUUAUUUACACACAUCUAAAGUCGAAUUUGGCGUGUACCGAGAUCGUACGCGUUAAUUACGAUAAUUUUGAGAUAUUUUCCGACAUGAUCUCGUUUAUGUACACAGGGAAGAUUGAUUUACGCGACACAAACUUGAUCCAGCUACUUCAUCUAGCGACAAGUUUUCAGAUUGAGGCUUUACGUGAAGUAUGUGAAGGGACGUUGCGAUGUAAUUUGCAUGUUGGGAAUAUUGUUAGUACAUUCUACGUAGCGCGAAAAUUUAAAUUAUGCGGAUUAGAAGAAUAUGCUUUGGCGUAUUUGCAGAUGCAUUUACCCGAAGCCGUAAAACAACUCGACUUUUUAAAUCUUCCUGCGAUUCGUUUUAAUACUUUUCUCGCUACGGGAUGGGUGAUUCACCUGAAACCAGAGGUCAAACUAUUUCUAAUAAUAAGUUGGCUAGGUUAUGAUGUGAAGGACCGCGAACAGUAUCUCGUUGCUUUAUUGCAGCAUAUUGAUUGGUCGAUUGUAGCUGGCGAUUUUCUCCAGGAAAUCAGUCAAACCGAGAAUUUUUUUACAACCAAUGAAUCAAGUUUAUUUCUGUUACUGCAAACACUGCACAGUUCCGGCAUAUCUUUAGGUUCGUACGUAGAUAUCUUUCCAUCGUUACGUGAAAAAUAUUCCCACUUACUGAAUCAGGUCGUGCAAAAUAGUGUUCUUGAUGUAAAUCCUGAAGAUUACUUUCCUGUUAGUAUUACCGUGACGAUAGAUUCAGAACAACCAAACGAUCACAUGACUUCUGUGUCUGCUGCACAGAAAAACUCAGACGUGAUCGAAAGUGGGGAUAAAUCACAGCACGAUGACCCAGAAUGUGAACAGAUUGAUCAAAAUUUUCAGAAUACGGUCGUUCCGCUAAAAACGUAUUCAACCAAUCAAUCGUUCAAAAAGAAAAUGACCACUAGAGGGCAGAAAAAGAAAGAUUCAGACCGAGAAACGGUUAUCCAAUCAAAUCAUCCGAUAAAACAUAUGAUUACUAGAAACAAAAGUUCCACAAAACCCCAAAAAUCUGAGAAGUUGACAGAACCAGUCAGUUGUUUCAGUGAAGAUCUGGAUACAGUCGAGACGAGUAACCAUGGUAACGAUGAUGUGGAUUACGACAAUAGCUAUGAUUAUCAAGACCAUUACGAUGAUGCUUGCGAUCCUGAUUAUGAAGAACAGCAAGAUACUGAUAAAAACAAGGCAAAAGCAUCCCGUGCAAUAACUAAACCGAAAAUAAAAAAGGCUUCAGCAUCUAAAAAUAAAAAUAAAUUGCGUAGUUGUACUGAAUGCGAUUACACUACGACAAGUGAAGCUCGAUUUGAAGAUCACCAACGGAAACGACACAACAGUGACACAGAGAGAUCGUAUACGUGUCAUGUCUGCGAGUUCACUUGUACGUGGAAUAAAAGUUUUUACACUCACAUGAAGAAACAUUAUUACGGACCACCAUUUCAGUGUGAACACGAAGGCUGUAAAUAUACGGCUGAUACAAUACGCAAUAUUCUCAUACAUCGAGUAAAACACACAGACGAGAGACCGUUCCCGUGUGAAGAAUGUCCGAUGAAAUUUAGAACCAGAAGCAAUCUGUACGCCCACAGAAAAUGUCAUAUAGGUAAAAAACCGUGGGAAUGUGAAAUAUGUCAUCAAUGUUUUGCCACGAAAAGUACGCUGAAUCAACAUUCAGUACGCCACAGCGAUGAUCGGCCAUAUUUAUGUGAUAAGUGUGGUUUUGGAACCAAGUUUCAAUCACAUCUUAUCUCACACAAACGUAUUCAUACUGGUGAUGUGUUUAAAUGCCAGUUCCCGCAGUGUAAUUAUUUCUCCCCGAAACGAAGUCAGUUGAAGGGUCAUAUGAGGACACAUCUUGGAAUUCGUAAAUACAACUGUGAACAUUGCAGUAAAUCAUUCGUAGAAAAGAGUCACCUGCUGCGACAUGAGAAAAUCCAUCUUGAAGUCCGUCCGUUUAGUUGUUCCGUGUGUAGCUACUCGACGCAUCGUAAAGAUAAACUAAAGGAACAUGUCCAGAAACGUCACAGCUGUAGCGAAACACAGACAACCGAGAAACCGAAACGACGAAAGAAAAAGGGUAAAAAGAACGUAAAAUUAGAGACGCGGUCAGUGCCGUGCAGAACAAUGGAGGUUUACGAAUCGGUUGAACCUGAUGUUGAGCAACAAGAAACUGAUGGUAAUAUAUAUCCUCAAAUCAUGCACAAUGCCCAGUACAUCAACUCGGUUGAACCAGUAGUCAUGGAAACGACAGCUCAAAAUAUGAUCAUCCAUCAGAAUAAUCCAACAGGUUUGGUACAUGAAGGUCAAGGACACAUGUUGGCCUCUUCUAUAGGUCAUCAACAGUUGCAUCCACUAGCCACUCCCAUAGAUCCUCAACAGUUGACCGUUGUCAUGGAUGCUAGGGUGCACGCUCAUUUAAAUUCUAGGGGUUUAAUCAUAGAUCCGCUUGCUCAGCCCGGGUCCAUUCAAACCUUAGGACAGCCCAAUCCGGCAGACGGAGGUAUUGUCUACACCGUACCAUCAACUACGACACAAACAGUUGUUAUGGCAACACACCAGCAACCAGAAUACAGUAAUCUUGGUUCUUAUUAUAGUUUUGUUAUGAAUAAUGAAGGACAGUAACUCUACAAACAAAUUAAAUAAAAGGGAGGUAACUCCAAUGUAUUUAUAAAUGACAGAAACUGCAUGUUAAUACUGUCAUCUAUUCGAUGCUGUGGUGUGGUGCUACAGCUGUGGUGUAGUUUUCCAUUAAACUAUUGAGGUCUGCAGCUGUGUUAAACUACCAAGGCUCUGUAACAGAGUUACAGGCUAUUGAGUUCUGUAACCAAGUUAAACUAUUGAGUUCUGCAACAGCUUAUUGAGUUCUAUAAACAUGAUAAACUAUUGAGCUCUGCAACAGAGUUCAACUAUUUAGUUAUGUCUUGAGAUCUAUAACAUUGUUAAUCUAGUGAGUUCUGUAACAAUGUGACCAAACUAUUGAGCCCUGUAAACAUUUAAACUAUCAAUAUAGUAAUCAUAUGUAACUGAUUGAUUUCUUGUAAAUGUUUUAAACUAUAUAUAUUGAGUUCUGUAAAUACCUGUUAAGCUAUGAACCUUAAGUUAUCGAGUUCAGUAACUAUGUUUAACUGUUUUGAAGUAUUGAGUGCUACUAUUGAACCAACUAUUGAGUUGAUAAAACUUUGUUAAACUAUUGAAUCUGUUUGAAUAAUACUGACUGGAUCUAAUUGUAUGUAUAUAAACAGAAUUAUUUAAAUAUAACAACAAUGUACUGUACCUGAUUGAAAUUAAAACAAAUUGAACA